UGCCAGCCUGGCUUUGCUUUCUUUUCCUAGAGGGCCUAACAUCUCUCCCAGCCCUGACAUCUAGCUGGUCCCUGAGGAGGAGGCACAAGUUAUGAGGAGGCAAUGGGGAAACAGCCAUGGCAGCCAGUGCCUGUCUAUGGAUGCUUGAACAUUAAAGGGUCACUAGCUGAGUGUGGGCUGAGUGUCCCUGAACACAACCUUUGUGCUUAGGAAGAACCCAUUCCAGAGCUGAGAGAGAAGGAUGCCAACAUGCUGCUUCCUCCCUAUUUCUGGGAGCAUUUCUUCUGCCCCUCCAAUCCAAUCCCUGAGAGCUGGUCCCAGGUCCAGCCCAAGCAGGAGAGGCAGCUUUCACCUUCCCAGAGGCUAGAAUUGUCAUCUCUGCUCAAAGCACUGAGUCAAGGGCUUCUCCAGGACAGACAUUCAGGCAGAGCAAGCUCCAAGUUUCACCACAAUGCCCAUCCUUGCCUCCCCACUCCACCCACCUCUGCCUUCUUUACUGCUGUAUCUGCUGCUUGAACUGGCAGGAACUUCAGAUGAAGAGUUCCAGGUGAACCAGCCUCAGACUUUAGUGUCAGUCAAUCCUGGAGAUGUCCUAACCCUGGCCUGCAAUAUGUCUGCUCCAUCCCCAGAAGGGCCUGUCUUGUGGUUCAAGAGCACUGGGCCAGGACAACAAUUAAUCUAUAGUUUCAAUGGAAGCCACUUCCCCAGAGUAACUCCGGUGGAAAACACAAUGGCCAAUCAAACUGACUAUUCUAUUCGCAUCAGUGACGUGUUGCCAGAGGAUGCUGGCACCUACUACUGUGUGAAGUUAAGGGUAGGACACCCUGACAUGGAGUUUUUCUCUGGUCCAGGCACCAUCGUGAAUGUGAACGGAGCCACACAUGUGUUCCAUGUGCAACAAACGGAGAUGUCACAGACUGUAUCAACUGGGGAGUCAAUCAUCUUGAGUUGCAGCGUACCAGAUACCUUACCAAAUGGGCCUGUCUUGUGGUUCAAGGGAACAGGGCCAAACCGGAAAUUAAUCUACAAUUUCAAACAAGGUCACUUUCCCAGAGUAAAAGAGAUUGGAGACACCACCAAGCCUGGCAACACAGACUUUUCCAUCCACAUCAGUGAAAUCUCUCUUGCUGAUGCUGGCAUCUAUUAUUGCGUGAAGUUCAUAAAAGGGAGAGCUAUCAAGGAGUACCAAUCAGGUCGGGGCACUCAGGUGUUUGUUACUGCAGAGCAGAAUCCAGGACCUCCCCAGAACAGACCUACAGGCAGAGCAGGCUCCAGGGCCCAUCAUGAUACCCGUCCCUUCCUCUCGGCCCUGCCUGAGAGAAACAACACAGACUACUUCAUCCAUCCCUGCUGCUGCCUCUGGCUGCUGGGACUCACAGAUGGAGUUUCACCCUCAUCACCCAGACUGGAGUGCAAUGGCAUGAUCUCAGCUCACUGCAACCUCUGCCUCCCAGAUUCAGCUAAGCUCUCUCUUCCAAAGAUUUCUGGCCCCUCCAACAGGGCUAGCCCAGGCCAACUAGUGAAUCUCACCCGCACCUCAACUGGCUUCUUUGCCGAAAACAUAUAUGUGAAAUGGCUCAAAAAUGGCAUGGAGCUUCCAGCCUUUCAGACCCAGGUCUUCCCGCCUGCAGAUGCUUCCUCCUACACCGUCAUCAGCACUGCUACAGUGACCCUUGGCUUCUUCUCACUUCACUCCCAGGUCACCUGCCAAGUGGCUCACAGUGAAUUGCAGAGCCCCCUCAGAGGGCAUGUGAACGUCUCUCAAUUUCUCAAAGGUACCCCUGUGUGCAACUCCCUCCUGCUCUUUUGCUGGAACUUUCUGCCAUCUAUGUCUUUAGGACGAGCCUUUCUUCCAGGUCACAGACAAAGGCAGUCCUCCACAGUGACGUAGGACCCUCAGUCCUUCCUGUCUUAUUCAGGAGGACUGGCCUCAGAGGAGGACCUGCCGUGAUGUCUGUAGCUGCUCCUCCAGCUUCUCUUGCCUCAUCAGCCUUCUGAGACCUGAACAGCACUGGCCAUCCCUCCCUGUCUCCUGCAGCUGCCAGAGGAAGGGAGCACCUAGACUGGAAAGGUCAACAGUGAGAGGCAGAUUCUCAUGCCCUACCCAGGAAUGAAUUUUCUGUGGAAACUCUGACCUCAGAGUCCAUGACGCUGACCAGGAAACCCAGCAGAGGCAGGAUAGGCUCCAACCCUGAGGAAAAUAGAUACCUGCAUUUCUGAUGGCUCCUUCCUGGCUCAUCAAGGAAAGCCCAUUGCUCUGCCAUGAAACCUCUACAGCCCCAUCACUAAAAUUGAGUUAAAUGAAACACUUAUGGCCAAUAAACAUAUGAAGAAAUGGCCAACCUCAUUAGUAAUCAGGAAAAGCCAUGGCAAAACCACACUGAGAUGUCAUUUUGUCCCUGUUCAAAUAGCAAAAGUAAAGAAGCCACUGGAUCUUUUUUGCAUUGCUAGUGGGCACAUAAAUGGACACAGCUGUUUUGGGAAACAGAUUGGAAAAUUUUGUUGUGUUAAACACUCACAUACCCUAUAACCUGGCACUUCCACUCUCGGGUUAUACCCAGAAGAAACUUGCACAUGUGCACCAGGAGAUAUGUACAAAUAUGUACAUGAAGACAUUGUUUAAAAUUAGCAAAACCUGAGAACAAUCCAAAUGCCCAUCUACAGUACGAUGUGUGAUAAACUUAGUACAGUCACAGAAUGGGAUAUUCUAUAGAAAGCAAAAUUAAUUAACUACAGCCACACACACAGUAACAUGGAUAAAUUUUAGCAAUACAAUAUUGAUGGGGGUAAAUAUGUCCCAGAGAUUUCAUGCAAAAUGAUAGUCUUUUAAUAAAGCUGAAAACAGCUAACGUUAGUUUUUAGGAAUACAUAGAAAUAUAAUGAAACCCAUUUUUUUAAAAGGAACAAUGAACACAGGAUUACAAAGAGCAGCGACCUUGGAUGUAGAGGGGCAGAAGGAUGAGAAUUUGGGGUACCUAAAGGUAGGUGGAAAUUAUCGUGAAGGUUCUAGCUUCCAUGAUGGAUGGUGGCUUCACAAAUGUUUAUAUUAAGAUUUUUUUAAAUGGACAGAUUAACAAUAUAAAAUUGAUAUAGGUAUGCAGGUAGAUAGAUAGAUGCAUGGUUGAUUGGAAGGGAGAGAGGGAGUGAGGGAGGAUGGAUGGAUGGAUGGAUGGAUGGAUGGAUGGACAGAUGGAUGGAUAGGUGGAUGGAUGGGUAGACAGAUGGGUGGACAAAAGACCAAAGGGCAGCUAUAUAGAUGAAGGGGUAGGUAAACAAAUUAAUAAAAAGGGUCAUGCAUUGUCAAUAAUGAUAGUAUCAUGCAGCAUGAAUUAUGAUAGGUACAAUUCUGUGUACUUAAGAUUCAAAGGAAAAAAAUAAAUGGAGGGACAUUAUCUAGAGAACCCCAAGUUCCCUUCCUAUUGUGACAUUCUACAGUUUCAUAUAAGGAAGAAAAACAGUUACUGGGUGCCACCAUGGGCCUGGGACUUCAUGUGCAGUUGCAUCUCAUUUCAUCCCCAUACCAGUCUUACAAGGUGGGCACCAUGCUCCAUUUUGCAGAUGAGGGGACCUGCCCAAUGUCACUUAGAUAACAAGUGGUAGAACCAAGAAAUCCAGAUUCAAACCCAUCUCUUGUCACUGCUUUCCAAGGAGCCACAUUGCCCAGCAUUCUAGACACAGAUGAGUGAUCUUCACCCAUCCUCAAUCUAUUGCUUCCUGGCCUGUCAGGCCAACUGUUCUACAGUAAAGCCCACUUGAUGCCUAUGGGUGGUGAGGGGAAGGGAAGAACACAUGUGUGCCCUUUCCCAGGUUUGAAAUGUGGCCCUGGAGUAGAUCAAGGGUUCAUCAUAAGCACCAAAAUUGCCCUGUGAAGACUUGGGAAGAUGAUGUAGUCCAGAAAAGCCUUUUAUAGAAAAGGCUAAGUAUGCCCAGAGGAGAAAAACAUCCUACUCUAUUUUUAUUAUCUAGUUUUAUUGUGACUUUGAACCUUUGUAGUCACAGAAACAGAGAUAUUCCCCCUCAGAUAUGCAUCUCCUUUUCAAAAUUUUCUACUCAAAAUAGAGAUGCUUCAGCUUCAAUAUUCCCAUUCCUGGGCUCCAAUGUUGAGGACCUUGAGGAUGUCUUGGCCUUCUUCAAUGAUGAGGGUAACAAGAAUUAUAAUUUACCUCCCCCUUGAAGCAGGGUCAGGACUAGGAUAAGGCAAAGUUCCUAGGAAACAAAAAGUCAGACACUCAUUCUGAGGCCUGAGCAAGGGCAGUGUCAGCAUGUAUAACACCUUGUGAUAUGGUUUGGCUGUAUCCCCACCCAAAUCUCAUCUUGAAUUCUAGUUGCCAUAAUCCCCAUGUAUCAUGGGAGGGACCUGGUGGGAGGUGAUUGAAUUGAAUCAUGGUUGUGGUUACCUCCAUGCUAUUCUCAUGAUAGUGAGUGAGUUCUCACGAGAUCUGAUGGUUUUAUAAGGGGUUUCCCCCAUCUUCACUCUGCACUUCUCCUUGCUGCUGUCAUGUGAAGAAGGACAUGUUUGCUUUCUCUUCUGCCAUGACUGUAAGUUUCCUGAGGCCUUCCCAGCCAUACUGAACUGUAAGUCAAUUAAACCUCUUUCCUUACAAAUUA